GAUAUACAAAUGCCUCAAUUAUCAUCAGCUGUUCCAAUUUCACCUAGCAAUGUCUGUUUAGAGGAUGCUCGUCGUCGAUCUGUGACGUAUCAUCCAUCCGUUUUGAAUCAUUUUCUUAAAUAUACUUCUCGUGUCACGGUAUAUGUGUUCAACAAAUUCAUGGAUGACGAAGGGAAUUUCAAGGCGUCAAUAGCAAAUAACGUCGAAGCAAUAUUGAGCUUAUACGAGCGCGCGGCUCAUCUUGGAAUAGACGGUGAGGAUAUUCUCGACAAAGCAAUAUCGUUUUGCUCGUCUCUUCUUGAAUUGCAUUUGGUCGAUCAAAAGAACAACUAUAACUAUCUUGCUAAACAAGUUAGUGAAGCUUUGAAUAUCCCGAUUCGCAAAAGCGCGAUUAGGUUGGGGGCAAGGAAAUUCAUUUCUAUUUACCAAGAAAACGAAUCCCACAAUAAAACACUACUGAAUUUCGCGAAAUCGGACUUCAACAUCGUACAAAAGAUACAUCAGAAAGAGCUCAGCGAUCUUACUAGGUGGUGGAAGGAUUUAGACUUUGCAAAUAAAUUGCCAUUUGCAAGAGAUAGAAUGGUGGAAUGCUAUUUUUGGAUAGUGACAGUUUACUUUGAGCCAAAACACCACAUUGCUAGAAGAAUUCUGACCAAAGUCAUUGCGUUGACUUCAAUUAUCGACGACAUUUACGAUGUCCAUGGAACCUUGGAUGAACUCCAGCUCUUCACCGAUUUUAUUCAAAGUUGGGACGAUAAUGCGUUGGAGCAGUUACCACAAUACAUGAGAAUAUGUUGCACUGCCCUCUUCGAUGUUUAUCUUCAAAUUGAAGUUGAAAUGAGAAAAACGGACACUUUGUACCGUGUACACUACGCAAAAGAAGAGAUGAAGAAAUUGGUGAGGGCGUAUUUGGAAGAAGCAAAAUGGUGUUACACUAAGAGCCUCCAAACGGGCUCUAAGUAUACACCAACAAUGGAAGAAUAUAUGAAGGUUUCAUUAGUAAGUGGUGCUUAUAUGAUGUUGUCCACAACUUCAAUUGUUGGUAUGGGAAAUCAAGUAACUAAGGAAGACUUCGAUUGGAUCACAUCUCAACCGUUGAUCGUACGAGCAUCUUCCGUGAUUUGUAGAUUAAGGGACGACAUGGUAGGGCAUGGGUUUGAAGAGAAACUAACAGCAGUGGAGUGUUACAGGAACGAGAAUGGUGGGUCGAAAGCGGAGGCUUUUGCGGAAUUCGAAAAACAAGUGCAGAAAGCGUGGAAGGAUAUAAAUAAAGAAUGCAUUGGGUCGACUGCAUCAUCUUUUCCGAUACUCUCGUGCGUUCUCAAUCUUGCUCGUUUAAUUAAUCUUCUUUAUAGUGACGAAGAUGGAUACACCAACUCCAACGCCAAGACUAAAGAGAUUAUACAAAGUGUACUCGUUGAGCCUGUUACGAUUUGAUGAGUGGAAAACUAUGCUUAGAGAUUAAAAUUAAUUAAUAAUCUAUAUGAAAAAUAUAUAU